AUGGAGGAGCAAGUUGUCGCAGUCACCGUCCUGAUCAUCUGCACACUCGGCUUUCUCCUGAACUUCGCCAUCGCACGCCCAAAUCGCCCUGAAGCAGUAAACGCCGCUCCAGCACAAAUCCGUCCAGAGGAGGACUACAUACUCGAUCCUGCCUGGGACUUCGAUGCUGCGCCCACAAUGCGGGAAUACACGUGGAUCAUCUCAGACCACGAACACAAUCCAGAUGGCGUCUACCGCCCUAUGGUACUUAUUAACGCCACAUUCCCAGGGCCCAUGAUCGAAUGCAACGAAGGCGACGAAAUCAUUGUACACGUCCACAAUCGCGGUGUCAACGCAACAUCGAUUCACUGGCACGGACUUUACCAGAAUGGUACGAAUUCGAUGGAUGGGACUGUCGGCGUCACGCAGUGCCCAAUCCCAUCUGGUCGAUCCUUUACCUACCGUUUCAACGUCACUGGCCAGUCUGGCACGUACUACUACCACAGCCACAUGAGCAUGCAGGCCUCGGAUGGACUGGUGGGUCCUUUAGUCAUUCAUGCAAGAGACGGAGAAGAAAAGACGCUGCAGAAAGUCCCGUAUGAGCAAGACCGCGUGGUUAUGCUGUCGGAUUACUACUACGAUCUUUCGUCGGAGCUGCUGGUGCAGUAUCUUGCUCCGGGCAAUGAGAACGACGAGCCUGUUCCGCCGUCUGCGCUGAUCAAUGGUCGGAAUUUGCGCGAGUGUGAAGAUCUGCCAAAUCGCAAGUGUUCAGCUACCGGAGUUUCGCGGGCGAGAUUUGAUCUGGAGAGGAAAUCCAGCACGCGCCUUCGUAUACUAAACGUCGGUGCGUUUGCAGAGUUCUCGCUACAGAUCGACGAGCAUGAGUUCCAAGUUACGGAAGUCGAUGGCACGGAUGUGUAUCCGCAGAGUAUUCAACGCCUGAAUAUUAACCCUGGGCAACGCUACAGUAUCAUCUUGACGCCGCCCAAGGACGAGAACAAAGGGCUAUACUGGAUGCGAGCGCGGAUGAUCACACACUGUUUUGCCUACGAGAACCCAGAGCUACAAGAAGAAGUCUGGGGCGUAGUCGACUACACUUCACCCUCAAGCUCGACCCUCACUCCCCAAACGACAGACUGGACCGAAACAAUCGAAGUCCAAUGCCGCGACCUCAACACCACGUCUCUCACACCCGUCCUGCCCCUCCCUGCGCCGGAAUCAGCAGACCAUACUCUCUUCCUGCGCUCCUCGUUUCAAAUCCGCGACCACGCGCUGUCCCGCGGAUAUCUCAACGACAGCUCUCUGCGCCUUGACGCAACAAAGCCCGUCUUACACACCCUCCUCGAUCCCCCGCACUCACCCUCCUCCUCCUCCUCCUCCGAAGAAAUCGGAGAUGGAAUAAACACAUCCCUCUUCAACCCCCUCUCCCAGCUCGUCUACCAAACUCACAACAUAUCCACCGUCGAUAUCGUGCUGCAAAACUUCGACGACGGAAACCAUCCGUUUCACCUCCACGGACACAAGUUCUGGGUCAUGGGGGCCGGGCGCGGAUAUGCGCCGGCCAAUCUCGGGGAUGUGGAGAGAAGAAGCAAUCCGUUGCGUAGGGACACGGCGAGUUUGCAGGCGUUUGGGUGGUUGUGGAUUCGUUUUGUUGCGGAUAACCCGGGGGCGUGGGCGUUUCGCUGUCAUGUCGGGUGGCAUGCGGAGGCGGGGUUGGGGAUGGUGUUUGCUACUAAAGUUGGGGAUAUGGAGGUGGUGGAGGAGGGGAUGGAGAGGGAGUUGUGUGGGGUUGGAGGUUGA